CGAACACUCACGAAAAUUACCGAUUUCGUGUCAGCUGAUAGAAUAUCGCACCACGGUUGCCCUUCGAAGAGGAAAAUACUAAUUUAUUCGCUUAUUUGUGCGAAUUAAUUCCAUAUCGUAGAAAAUGCCGUCUCUUUUAUUUUGCGGUCCGAAAAUGGCCGCAUGUGGGAUCGUGUUAAGCAUAUGGGGUGUCAUCAUGCUGGUGAUGUUGGGCAUCUUCUUCAGUGCAAAGUCAGCCGUGCUUAUUGAAGACGUUCCUUUCACUGAGGAGGAUAUUCGCAAUGACCCGAACCCACCGCAGACAAUAUAUGGCCUAUACAACCAAGUGGGCAUCAACUGUUUCAUUGCAGCUGCCAUCUAUGUGGCAGUGGGGGCUGUCUCUCUACUGCAGUUCAGGCUCAAUAAGCGCCAAGAAUACAUGGUCCAGUAACUCACUGACCAAGGCUCUGCAAAUCGAUGACUAGACUUUAUGCAGGGACAGGUGGAACUUGCUCAUUUCACUUAUUCCAUGUUUAUUUAUUUAUUUAUUUUUACAUGUGUUAUGGUAAACAUUCCUAUUAAUGUUCAUGGUGGUGAUGUUUAUUUCAGGAUAUAUGGUCUGUGAACUGUAUUCUGAAACAAAGCAAACCUUGCAGAGUUUUAACUGUGUAUAUGUGUUUGUGUGCGUGUGUGUGUGUGUGCGUGUAUAUACACAUAAAACCCUGUUAUUUGUUACACAAACCCUUAUCAUGUAUGAUAAAGGAAAAAGAAGGCUAUAUUGUAGAUAUUUAUUUGGAUGCUAUUGGACAUUGGGAGAGACUAUUUAUUGAUCAUGGAGGGCAAACUGAACGAAUUGUAAAAAGUGGAAACGACUCACAAAUUCUUCCUUAGUUAACGAUGAUCAAGAAUAGUAUAGGUAAGCAUGGCAGGUUUUAAGGUUUACACACAUUAAAGGUCCCUAUUUGUUUGUGCUAGUGCGAUGCAACUGUAUACUAUUGUAGUGGUCAAGAUGCUGUUAUGAGAGUCUGUUAAGAAACCAUGGGAUAUGCUGAAACAUACUUGAGAUGUGUUAUUUGUCUGCUGUUUAAUAUGAAACUGUCUCUGAAGACCAAGGAGUGACCUGUGGCAUCAGGUGUCUUUGAACCAAGUUUGUGUUUAUUUAUGAGAAUUUCUUUGAAACGUACUGUUACUAAAAAAUGCUACCUUUGUUUUGGGAAAAUGUAUUGUCCUCUGAACGUGUUUCACAAAUUAAAGUCCAAAAUGGGUGAUAA